CUCCUCGACGUCUCAUAACAACAGCUGGCAGUAUAGCAGGGAGAGAUAGCAAAGAGCAGGCAGAACAGAGCAGGAACAAUCAUCUGCUGCUUGGCUGUACAGUGCAGACAUCACCGCUUUUCGCUGCAGCUUUCUGUAAGAAAAACACACCAGCGACUUCUCCGAGUUUCACACGGCUCACGGCGCAUGCUCAGACUAGCUGACAGUGCAGUUGUUUGAUUCAGGAACUGAGAGACUCUGAACGGUUUUGAAAAUGACAACUUCAUGGAGCGACAGACUGCAGAACUAUGCAGACAUGCCUGCAAACAUGGACGGCCUGGCAAUGAAGAAAUACAGAAGAGAGGCAUACCACAGAGUGUUUGUCAACAGAAGCUUGGCGAUGGAGAAGAUUAAGUGCUUUGGCUUUGAUAUGGAUUACACUUUAGCAGUGUACAAGUCACCAGAAUACGAGUCGCUGGGGUUUGAGCUCACAGUGGAGCGGCUGGUGUCCAUCGGUUACCCCCAGGAGCUGCUCAGCUUCGUCUAUGACCCAUCUUUUCCCACAAGAGGCCUUGUGUUCGAUACCAUGUACGGAAACCUGUUGAAGGUUGACGCCUACGGUAAUAUCCUGGUGUGUGUCCAUGGGUUCAACUUCCUCCGAGGCCCUGAGAUCCGUGAACGGUACCCAAACAAGUUCAUCCAGAGAGAUGACACAGAGCGCUUUUAUAUCCUUAACACACUCUUCAACCUGCCAGAGACCUACCUCUUCGCCUGCCUGGUGGAUUUCUUCUCCAACUGUGAUAGAUACACAAGCUGUGAAACUGGCUUCAAGAACGGAGAUCUCUUCAUGUCCUACAAGAGUAUGUUCCAGGACGUCCGCGAUGCUGUCGACUGGGUCCACUUCAAGGGUACUCUGAAGGAGAAGACAGUUGAGAACUUGGAGAAGUAUGUAGUUAAAGAUGGGAAGCUGCCUCUUCUUCUCAGCCGAAUGAAUGAAGUUGCCAAGGUUUUCUUGGCAACCAACAGCGACUACAAAUACACUGACAAAAUCAUGACCUAUCUGUUCAACUUCCCACAUGGCCCAAAGCCUGGUACCUCACACAGACCCUGGCAGUCCUACUUUGAUCUGAUCCUGGUGGACGCCAGGAAGCCUCUGUUCUUCGGGGAGGGGACAGUGCUCAGACAAGUGGACACGACAACAGGACGUUUGAAGAUUGGAACCUACACAGGACCUCUGCAGCAUGGCAUCGUCUAUUCUGGAGGCUCCUCAGAUAUUGUUUGCGACCUGCUAGGGGCCAAAGGGAAGGACAUCGUAUACAUUGGGGACCACAUCUUUGGAGACAUCCUCAAGUCGAAGAAGCGUCAGGGCUGGAGGACGUUCCUGGUGAUACCUGAGCUAGCCCAGGAGCUGCAUGUGUGGACUGAUAAGAGCUCGUUAUUCGAGGAGCUGCAGGGUCUUGACAUUUUCCUCGCAGAACUCUACAAACAUCUGGACAGCAGCAGCAACGAGAGGCCGGACAUCAGCACUAUUCAGAGAAGAGUCAAGAAAGUGACACACGACAUGGACAUGUGCUAUGGCAUGAUGGGAAGCCUGUUCCGCAGUGGCUCCAGACAGACCCUGUUCGCCUCUCAGGUGAUGCGUUACGCCGACUUAUACGCAGCGUCCUUCAUCAACCUGCUUUACUACCCCUUCAGCUACCUCUUCAGAGCCGCACAUGUACUGAUGCCCCACGAGUCCACAGUGGAACACACUCACGUCGACACUGACCUGGAGUCUCCUCUGGCCACCCGAAACCGCAGUCACUGCAGCGACUGCAAGGACCUGGACUGCAAACGCAGCCAGCUGACCCGCUCCUUCAGCGAGAUCAAACCUCCGAACCUGUUCCCCCAGACUCCUCAGGAGAUCACUCACUGCCACGAUGAGGAUGAUGAUGAAGAGGAGGAAGAGGAGGAAGAGGAGGAAGAGGAGGAAGAGGAGGAAGAGGAGGAAGAGGAGGAAGAGGAGGAGUAGUGAGCUGAACUAAAAGAGGAAAGGCCAUAUUGCUGUUCCUGCCUUUCCAGUAGAGUCGGGUAGUUCUCUCUCUGACAGUGAGGCAAGGAGGGAAAUCAUUUCCAGUGUGUGUGUGUGUGUUUGCAUAUAUUUACAUUAAGUCAAUACUGUACACACACACACACACACACACACACACACACACACACACACACACACACACACACACAUAGAAGAUUGUUGAGGAAAGUAAAGAGGACCAGUGAGACAGAUCACAUGACUGUCAGAAGACUGUUUGCAUGCUCGUUCCUCUAAAACUCAACUUUUCCCUCUUUCAGUAUAAAAAAGAAAACACUUGAUUGUUUUAAUUUAAUUUUAAUCCCAUCUCUGUGUCGUUUUCUCCAUCAGACAUGCAGAAAAUCACACCUCUUGUUUUUCAUAAGCUGACUUUCAGGACCUGCUGCUUGACUGUAAGCUGUAAUCGUAAAUCCAAACAGACCAGCUGCUCUGACAUUAUAACGAAAGAAAACACUCUACAGUUACACUUUCAACUAAAUGAUGCACACACGUUUUAAAACAGACAUUUUAUGCAACAUGGGAACAACAUUCAGUCUGUUUGGUUUCAUGUUUGAGACUUCUUGUCAUUUUAGGGAGGUACUUUGUUCCAACUUGUGUUUAGGAGAGUAUGUCUGUGUGUGUGUGUACUCACACAGACUGCAGCAUCCUAAGUGACAAUAAGCUAAGGAUCCAUUGUACUUAAGUGAAGCACAGGAGCACUAAAGCACAAGCCGGCGUUAAACCAAUCAAUAACCGGAUGUAUUGUUCGUAUGAAGACUUGUUUGAGAGGGCGUGCUGCUUUACAUGAGUAACUGUAAUGUAUCCUCAGAUUGCACCCUGAGCGUCAUUGGUGUUACUGUGAAGAGCAGUCAAACAGUUAAACACCACCAGCAGCUCACAUGCAGUAUUUUCUCUAAUUGGUUAUGUAGGAAGGAGACGCUUGAAUAUUGCAUUCAGCCGUGUCAGCAGGGUUUCUUUUUUAAAGGGCAAUGUACAAAAGAAGUUCGUUUUUACCAUUUUGAGCUUGAAAGUGACCUCGGUAUGCAAGGAAGUGAGGCUGUUGAGGCCUAGUAUAAAGGUGUUUCUGUAGUUCUACUUAGAUUCAAAAUGUGAUUCACUUGCUUUGUUUAUCUCUUUGGUUUGGGCCUUCCUGUUUGUUUUGUUUUUGUUUUUUUGCCGACAGAACGAGUGAAGCUGGAGUGUGCUCAGUAUUCUUGUGUUGGGGCGAUGAACACUGUGAAGUGACCAUUUCAUGACAGAGUUGGUUCAAGCUUUGUCGUUAGUUUCAAACUGGAUUUUCAAAAAACACUCUGAUGAUUUUAAGCACUUCACUUUGCAUAUUUGCAUAUGUCAAGUAUUUGUCAACUGAAGACAAGCUUCUUGAUCCAUGUUUGAAAAAUACAACCUUUUUUUCCACUCUCUGAAAGCUGCAUCAUCAGGACGGUGUUUUAAGUUUUGUCUUCAUUGACAGUGUAAUUCUAACAGUUUUUUUAAUUCAAUUUGCACCAAAAAAAACAAAAAAAAAUGUCAUAGAUGAUUAAGAGUGAAUAAUCUGUGAUGUACAGAAUGUGAUCAAUUUUGAUUUCUCCUGAAAAGUUGGAACACCAAACCGGCAAAAUCUGGACUAUGCAUUUGCCUGCUGUGUUUUUAAAAACUGUUGUAACAUUUCCUUUGAAUUUGGAUUGAGAGAUGAUGAGUGGCUAAACAUCAUCCUGUCUCCACCUGUUUCAAACUGUAGUGACCUGAGUGCAGGAAAAAGCUCAGAAGCCCCUUUAAAGAAGGAUUGAAGCAUUUUUUGGGAUAAUUGUUUUAGACCUCACCACCCAGAGUGUGAGCUCAAACAAGGCUCCAUGUGUGACAGACAUGCCCGUUUAUGAGGUGUGUAUUAAUGUACCAGCAUUAUUACAAAAUCCCCCCAUAGCCCUGCCUUAAUUUUACACAUUUGGAUGUGAUCUUUCAUUUUCCUUUUUAACAUCCUUUUAUCCUGCCUGUUCAUUCCCCGCCUCUUCAUAUCAUAUUAAGUCUCGUCACAUCCCGUCAGUUCUGUAAGUGUUGGAUCGGCUCGUUGAUUUGGGCCACAAAAGGGAAGGAUCGUGUCUUCUGCUUCUUGCUGUUUUUGUUGUUUGGUUUGAAGUGCUUUGGAAAGGUGAAUGUGUUUAAAUGCAACUUUAUGUGAUGAUUCAUCGAAUGAGCCCUCGUUAGACUUCUAGAAACACACAUCAGAGUUUUACUGUCUUUUUUUUCUUUCUUUCUUUCAGAUGAAAUAUUUGUCUUUUCGUUUCUAUUUUUGUCUUUUUUGAACACAGAGUAACUGGAUAUGCUACAUGAGGCAGCUGCAUAGGUAUAGGAAAUAGUCUUCUGUCUUUACUUUGCAUAAAUUGCAUAUGCAUGUGAGAAUAACAAGCAUAUCCAUUCUACCGAGGUGGUUACGGUAGCAUCGGUUAAACUUCUGUGUGGACUGCAUCUUUAAGGAAAAUUUAUUUUUCUCUAUUUUGACAUUUAUCAGAGUUUAAAAAAAGGGGAGGGGGGGAGGACUUCUAACGUGUAAAAGAUCUACAAAGAGAAAAAAUACUUUAAAUGAAGGGAAGUGUGAAUAGCAUGUUAAAUAACAUAAAUGUGUCACCUGUUAAUAGCUCCAUGGGUUUAUUUUUAUUUUUCUAAGCUAGUGUUUUUAAAGGUCCUGGUUUACAGAACUGUAUAUAGACAUUUCCAUUUCCUUUUCUUAUCAUUUCUUUCCAAAUAACUUUUUUUGUUAACUUUUAUACUGUACCAUAGGGGGCUUGUUUAGACUUUCAGCUAACUACAGCCUGGCUAACAGGCUUCAAAUCUUUAGAUGAUUUUUAUCUAUGGUCGUGAUGCCCACAAUGCAUUCACAUUGAGGUGCCAAACAGUCACCUUUCAUUUUCUAAAACAUGACUGUCUUUUGUUUUUAUGCAUUUGGAUACAUGUUCUCCUGAACAUUGUUUCAUUUGUUUGUUUCCAGAAACCAUCCUACAUACUGUACAUUGAGGUAAAUUGCAUAAAAAUGUAGAAUAAAGAUAGUUUUUCAUAAA